UUGAAUCGUUUUUCUUUCUUGUCAAGCUGCUCUUGCCUGCCUAGGUAAGUAGGUCUCUCAGCCCUUGUUUCUGGCACGCAGACGUGAGCCCUUGGCUGUAGAUUGGGAACCUCGUCGCUCCUGCCUUGUUCUUCUCACCGUGCAGUGUAGUGCAGUGCUACCUGCCUUGUUCUUCUCACCGGGCCUGCCUCUAUUUAACGAGAUUAAGAGCUUCUUGUUUGUCUUUGGCUUGCUUGCUUGCAGGAUCGAUCGAUCAUCAGCUCCAAGAGAAGGCUGGUGAAUGGUGAUCAUGUCGUCGCAGCAGGAGCAGGGGCAGGGGCAGGGGCAGCAGGUGAUCAUGUCGGCCAGCAGCUCCAAGAGACGGCGGCUGGAGACGGAGCAGCAGCAGCAGCACCUUGUGGCGCUGGGCGGGAGGUACUCGCUGCAGUGCGUGCGAGGGAGGGGUAGCUUCGCGGAGGUGUGGGAGGCCAGCCACCGCCGCACGGGCAUCAAGGUCGGCAUCAAGAUACUCUGCCAAGCCACCGCCGGCAUGCCCGUCUGCAAAGUCGAGCGCGAGGUCAGGGUGAUGAGGCUGCUCAGGCAUCCGCACAUCAUACGCCUCUACGAAGCCAUCUUCACCGAUCACCACAUCUACAUCGUCAUGGAGCUCGCGGAGUCGGGGCAGCUCCACGACUACGUCGCCAUCCAGGGGAGGCUUCCUGAGGCCCAAGCGCGGGCCAUCUUCCAGCAGAUGGUGGCCGGCGCCGCAUACUGCCACCACAACAUGGUCGUCCACCGCGAUCUCAAGAUGGAGAACAUACUCUUGGAUUCAGAGAACAGGAUCAAGAUCGUCGACUUUGGUUUCAGCAAGCUGUUCAGGUACACCAAGUUCCUCAGCAAGGGUUGUGGAAGCCCACACUACGCGGCACCCGAGUUGCACCAGCGCCGGAAAUACAUUGGUCCUCCGGUGGACGUGUGGAGCUGUGGAAUCAUCCUCUACGGCAUGCUCUGCGGCUGCCUCCCCUUCGACGGGGUCAACAUGGCCGACCUGCGCAGGAACAUACUGAGAGGGGAGUUUCGCAUGCCGGCUUUCGUGUCGGAUGACGCCAGGGAUCUCAUCUGCAGCAUGCUGAUAGUGAAACCGGAGAAGCGCAUGAACAUGGCCGAGGUCAGGGCGCAUCGCUGGCUUCAGCCGGACAUCCGUCCCUACUUGGCCAUGCCUCCCCUCGAUGCCUGCAUGCAGCAGCAGAUUGUUGAUGAUGAAACCGUGGAGCAGGCGGUGACGCGGCACGGCUUUGACAGGAGCAGCUUGCUUCAGUCUCUGGAAGAUGGAGUCGAGAACGAGGCAACGGUCGCGUACAACUUGAUCCUCGGCAAGCAGUUUGAUGCAGCGACCCGUUAUCUCUGGACGAUGAUCCGUCGUCACCGACAAGCCACUGGCGCGGCCACGGUGAAGACAGGAGGAGGAGGAGGCAGCAGCAGCAGAAGGGCUCCAGCUGAGAUGCAGCGAGAGCAUGGUGAAAGCAGCAGGAGGCAGUGGGCGCUGGGAGGGUUUCAUGUCCUGCACGAUUGCCCGCGCCAGACGAUGCGCCACAUAGCCAAGGCGCUGCACGAGCUGGGCAUCCUCUUCUACUCGCCGUCUUGUUCGAACCACCACCAGCCGGGGCGGCGCCGCCACAGGCACCGGAUGGUGUGCGCUCACUUCCCCUCCCCUUUCCCCGGCGGCGUCGACGUCAUCCCCAGCGCCACCAUCAUCCACACCUUCCUUCUCCUCACCACCAACGCCAACAACAACAACGACGAUGCCUUGGAGAGCCUAUCCGCUGCUGUCUUCUUUGAGAUUCAGGUGAUGGCAGGGGAAGGGAAUCAAGAUCAUACUAAUUACCUGUUGGAUUUGAAGAGGAUUUCCGGCCCACAGCUUCCCUACCUCAGCAUCUGCUCCCAGUUAGCCUCCAUGCUCAGGCCUGCAAUCCACUAAGUACUCAGGAGAAGGAGAGU